AUGUCAAAUUCCGAGGAAUUCUACAAAUGUGUUAUCGAUCCUUUAGACUCUAGUAAGAUUAUUUGCAACUUAAAUGGGCGAAUUUCUGAUUUUCGUAUUCUAAAUAAAGCGGAGUGCUUUCGUGGCAAAAGACCACUCAAUAGUUUCAUGUUAUUUCGAUGUAACCUCCAAGACGAAAUCAAAGGAGUUAACGUGCCAGAGAUCUCAUCUCGGGCGAAGAAAUUAUGGGCGGUAGCAACUGAAGAUGUUAAAAAGAGAUUUAAGGACUUAUCUAAACGUAGUCGCGAAUCAUGGAACCGUUUUCAAUUUGUAGAAUCAAAAAUAGAUAAAAAAGAUAAAAGAAAGUCUAAGAAACUUAAUAUGCCAAAUACUGGUCCUAUCGCAAUUCCGCCACCGCACAAUCCAACUAAAAACGAUAACAAUGUUAAAUUGAAUGAAGACAUUGAAUCCCAUAACAAAUUUUCUGCACAAUCAUCUUCAAACUCGUUCAAUUCAACUGGUGAUUCGUUUCGUUCUGGUUCAUUUUCAACACCACCUUUUUCAACAUUAUCUUUUACUAAUUCUAUGGUCCCCAAUGAUCAAUAUUCGGUAAGCAUUUUAUCUUCUCCAUUGAGCCCGUCUUCUGAAGCCUUGCCUCCAUUAUCAAUUCCAAGUUCUUCCAAUUCAAGCAAUGGAUCGUGGAUUUUUGGUUCCAAAAUUUCUGAACCUAAUAUUAAUUAUCAAUAUUUAGUAAGAUCAUUUCAGUCAGAAAACAACCACAUGAACGAUGGGAACUUUUCUCAAUUAUCAAUUUUGUUCAAUUCAAAUGAUGGUUCGAUUGAUUAUUUUUCACUACCACGUAAUUAUUUGGUUCCUAAUGAUACGCAAUCUUUCACGCACUUAAACAAAGCCGCUGAUCCAAAGCAACCUUUCGAGCCUGAUCGACGUCAGGAUAAAAAAAGAAAAGAAGCAGACGAGGUGCAUAAUCUAAUUGAUGCACAACCUUCCUCAGCAUUCUCUUCUUCGGUCUUAACUUCACCAGCUCAAUUACAAUAUAAUCCCGAAAUCUAUCAAAAUUUUUCUUUUUCUACUUUUUGA